UCUUACCUGUACCUUCGUUGUCUUUAACAUUUCCUUCUAAGACACUGUCCCUAGCUUUUCUAUAUAUAUAUAUAUGCACCCUCAGCUGAGAUUUUCAACAUAUUUUCACAAGAUCAUUUGAAUCCUUAUUGAUUAAUAUCGAUCACUACCCAUUUGUUUGUUUCUAAUGGGAUCGAGAAGUGGGGUGGUUUUUGAAGAUUUCUUUCCAGCCAUGGUGGAGAAGCUGGGUGCUGAUGGGUUUAUGAAGGAGCUGUGUAAUGGAUUUCGGUUGUUGAUGGAUGAAGAGAAAGGAGUGAUAACUUUUGAGAGCUUGAAGAGGAAUUCUAAUCUUCUUGGGUUGCAAGAUAUGAACGAUGAUGAAAUAAUGUGUAUGUUGAGAGAAGGUGAUUUAGAUGGAGAUGGAGCUUUGAAUGAAAUGGAGUUUUGUACACUUAUGUUCAGGUUGAGUCCUGGCUUGAUGAGCAGCUCAAGAAAAUGGCUUGUUGAAGCUCUUGUUAGUGAAAUGUAGGCUUUCAUAUCAUUGUUGUUCUUAGAAAAAUCCUUUCUUUCUUUCUUUUUUUUCUCAGCCGAUCGGUUUGUAAUUUCCAGUUUACUAGAAGUGAGUUGUUAAUGCCAUGAAUCAAUCGACCUGUAUUUCAAUGAGUUUUUGAUUCAA